AUGAACCGAUUUCCAUCGUACCAGAGGACGAAUGAUGAACCAAUUUGGGGUCGAAGUUCUUACGAUACCUAUCGUUCAGCUCCUCCUUUACAGUCAACCUUUGUAAUGCCAACAUAUUCGCCACACACCACUAUUGUCCACUCAUCAGCCAAACCACCAACAGAAUCAGAUAUUUAUAAGGUUGGUGUAUAUGGCUGGCGUAAAAGGUGUUUAUAUUGUUUCAUCUGUGCGCUUACAGUGAUAAUAAUAUUAAAUCUGGCACUUACUGCUUGGAUUAUAACCGUCCUUGAUCUUUCUUCAGAUGGUAUGGGUGCAUUAAAAAUAGAUGAUGAAAGUGUUCGAGUGAUUGGUGAAACACAGUUCGAUAGGCCAGUGUAUUUUACAGAACUUUCUUCUGUAGAAGGUGAAGCACUAACGAUUGAUUCUUCUCGUGGCAUAUUUAUUAAAGCUAAAAAUAUGACCGGUCAUCAAACAGCAAUGUUUAACAUGUUUCAAGAUGGUCGAACGGAAGUAGUUUGUGAUCGUUUUGAAAUCCUUGAUAAUUCAAGAAAGCUGUUGUUUUUCGCCGAAUCAAAUGAAAUCGGCUUGAAGUUGGAUAAUCUGAGAAUAUUAGAUGACGGUGGAAGUGUAUUUGAAGGAGCAAUUCAAACAGCUCUAUUACGACCAGAACCCGACACUCCACUGAGCUUGGAAUCACCAACACGAAAUUUAAAUCUUGAUGCUGGCCAAGAUAUUGAAAUAAUAAGUGCAGCUGGCGAUAUUCACUUUUCUUCUUUGCUUGAUAUAAAUUUAAAUUCAAAAAGAGGUGAAAUUAGGCUCGAAUCUGGCAAUAUAUUUAUUUCUGGGCUAAUGAAGAGUGAUAGCCGAGGUAAUUCCCAGUAUCAGUUAUGCAUUUGCCAAAACGGUCGAUUGUUUAUGGCCUUACAUGGAGCUGAUUGCCGAGCCGAUAGAAGCAUUUGUGAUUAG